GAAUGGAAACCGAAAGUGCAGAAAAAGAGUUGAGCAGGAAAACAGGGCCGUGUGUGUGGCUGCAGCGCUUCUGGACGAAAUCUUUCUGAUGUUCGUGCUGUGAAGGGACUUUAACAGCGCUGAGGAAAUGAGUCGACUACAAGAGCAAGUGGAGUUGGAAAAAUGUGUCCGGCGACUGAGAGAGUCGUUUCACGGAAAGAUUCAGAUCGACAGGGCGGCGGUUCUCAUGCGUCGCUACAACAACAACUACCAGAUGGUAGCGAAGGUGAUCAUCCUGAUGAAAGACCAAGAACUGGACGAAGACGACAGAUGGUCACUGAAAAAUGAUCCUGUCGUAAAGAAUGUGGUCGAGAAGCUGCAGAAUGAGGAAAAGGAAAAGGAAAAAAGAAAAGACAGACAACCAGGAGCCAGUAACGAACCUAGGAGCUCUAAACAACCAAAAGCAAACAAAGAGCCUCGGGAGGACAAAGACAUACAGGAUCUUGGGAAGCAACUUCGUCUUCUGCCUCUAACAGAGAAGAACAAGCGCAUGUUCGAUCGCGUGCAGCAGAACCAAAUGCCCUCCGUGGAGCACCAGUUCGCCUGCGAGUUCUGCGACAAGAGCUGGUGGAGACGAGUCCCUGAGAGAAAGAGGGUGUCACGCUGCCAGUUGUGCAAAAAGAAAUUCGACCCUGUGCCACCAAACAAAAUGUGGGGCAUCGCGGAGUUCAUGUGCCCCAACUGCACUCGAUCCUUCAAGGGUUUCGGUCGAAUGGACCUGGGAUCUCCGUGUUAUAAUUGUCGUUUCAUUGUAAUGCCGACGCGCAUCCUGCCUCCACGCAAACACUUGAGGAACAUGGGGCCGAGGAGAAGACACCAGCACAGCUGCCUGGCAGAGGACUGCUACAACAGACAGGAGCCUCACGUUCCGAAUACAGAGUGUGUGCACCCGGUCAGCAGGAUGAAGAACGGUAAGCCUCAGGUGGUGAACCCCAGCCAUCCUCACUUCAGCAGUGGCUCCACGGUGAACACGUGCCUGAGUCAGGGCAGCCUGCUGGAGGAUUUGUUUGACAUCAUAAUGGAUGACAUCCGCGAGGAGGAAGAGAGCGACAACAACUCAGACAGCAGCACCAGCAGCUGAAGGAAACGCCAGUGUGUGUGUGUCCACAGCUCACAAGCACUGUCCCAAAGCACUGAGCUUUGUUUAGUGAAAAAUUCAUAUAAUGUGAAACGUGGCACAGUGCAGAGAGCUUUGUUUUAGAGAAGCAACAUCUUCUCUAGCAUUUUCAGGAAUUUCAAAGAUAUUGCAGGUUAUUUUAGGGCUGAAGGUUUGUGCUGUAAACUUUAGGGAACAGCUUUGUUCACAUUUUUAGAUUUACAAAUUUGCUCGAACGACACACGUUUUUCACUUGACACAGAAUAAGGUCAUAUUAUAUAUCCAGAAAUAUUAUUUAUUCCUAAAGUCAGUCAGUAAUCCAUCCAUACACUUGUCCAUCAAUGUCAGUUUAGCUAAAGAAAUAUUAGCAAAGUGUGUCAUGCCAAAAAAAAGAAGAAAGUGCACUUAAUCAUGGCUCAAAUGAACUUUAGUAGCAACUGUAAUAGUUUGUAAAGUCAUACGUAGGCGUUGGAGCUGAUAAUUCUGCUAUAUGCAGCCAUAUGCAUUUCGCUUCUCUUCAUUUAAUUGCAUUAAUCAUUUACAGGUCUAUCUUCAAUCUCUUUGUGCUUUUGUAAUCUUAUUGAGCUCACAUAGUGUGGCAUCCAUUUGUGGUUUCAACAUAUAAUUACAGUAAAUAACACUGUUUAGAAAAGCUUUGCUGGGAUUGUACAGUAUAUAUAAAUAUACAUCAGAGGUUUUAAACAUUUUAUACAAUGAAGGGUCGAAAUUUCUAGAUUUUAUGAAGACCACAAGCUUUAUUCUGUUUUAUUGAAGAAAGUAUUAAUAUUAAGCAGUGAAUAUAUUGCUAAAGUUUAUCUAUUGGAUAUUGUACUCUCGAACCACUGUUUGUUUUUGUACGUUGCUGUUAAUUUAAAACGCACACAAUAUACCAGCUGAAACACAGAAAGAACCCUUUGAGUUCUACUUUUUUGGAUUUCAGAUUGAAGAGCAUGGAAGUGACAGGGUCUCCUAAGCAUUUCUUUAAAAAUAAGCAAGUGUUUUGUUUUGUUUUUCCCCUGGACUAAAAGGAUUACUGUGGUAUGUCAGCUUGUGAAUGGCUCAAGUGCAGGUGGUCAGAAAUAAAGAUGAUUUCCCCUUUAA